UUCAUUUAUGAUCUAAGCGGCCUUUCUUUCCAAAAUGUAAACAUGGCAGCAGUUUGGCAGCAAGCACUAGCCUUAGAUGCAAAAUACAACGCUUACAGGACUCCUAACAACCCACAGUUUAGAACAGUAUACAUCAGAAGAAGGAGCCAGUUGCUCAGAGAGAAUGCGAAAUCAGGUCAACGAGAUCCAGCUGUUCGAAAGGAAUACCUUCACCAAAGGGCACAGUUACUGACAUCCCGCUACGGAAGUCCAGCAUUUUCUGAUCAGGGGAGUAUCCGGAGCAGAUCGUUCAGUAUUAGGAGUAUUAGUAGGAAUACUAUGGAGAGUUUUGACAACCUAGCCAUUGGAGUAGAUGGGAAGAAGCAUCACAGACGCCAUCAGAGUGGUGGGUCAUUCAAACACAUGUAUGAGGGGCCAAUGAAGCGGGUGUAUGACAGUAUAGAGGUGGUACCUACCCGAGAGGCUGAAGCCAGCAGAGCGAUGGCCGGCGGCAAAACAGUAUCAGAAAACUAUGCUUUUACAGGGAUGCAUCAUAUAUUUGAUCAGCACAAAGAGUCAGUGACAAGUGUCAAGUUUGCUAAUGAUGAUAAAUCCCGUGUAGCCUGCUCAUCAUUGGAUGGUACACUGUCCAUCUGCCAAGUGAUUCCUCCCCCGGCCACGGUCAUCUGUAUGUUGAAUGGUCACUCAGCUGGGGUAACAGAUUUUGUUUGGUCUCUGUCCAAUGAUGUGAUCCUGUCCGUGUCAUUAGAUGGUACAGCCAGACUAUGGGAUGUUGCUGCGGGGAAGUGUAUGCGAGUUAUCAAUGACAACACAGGGGCAGAACUGCACUGCUGUGUGUUCCAACCCCUCAACAACAACAUGUUUGUUACCGGUAACAGUAAAGGCCAGGUACAGAUGAUGAAUGUAUCUACAGGCAAAGGAAACAAGGGAGGAAGCAGUAAAGUCAUUGGAAAGGCAAUGGCUUUGGCCUUUGACACCACCGGUCGCAUACUCUGGGCGGGGGAUGACAAGGGUUCCAUCUUCUCUUUCACUGUAGAUGUUGCUACAGGGAAACUAACAAAAACACGAAGAAUCACAGUAAGUGAUGGAAGUGCUAUCACUAGUAUAUCCGCACGCUCCUGGAUCAGUCGAGAGGCACGCGAUCCCUCACUUCUAGUCAACAGCUGUAUCAGUGCUAUGUGCCUUUUCAAGGUGGUGACAGAUGAUGGCGGCUUACAGCUGAAGAAGACAUUCCCAGUGAAACAAAAGAAUUGUCACAUCCGAAGUACAUUCUGUCCUCUCAUGUCGUUCCGACAGGGAGCCUGUGUAGUGUCUGGCAGUGAAGAUAUGUGUGUGUACUUCUUUGAUGUUGGAAAAGAUAACAAGCCCUGCGUGAACAAACUCCUUGGACACUCUGCCCCUGUGUUAGAUGUAUGCUUCAACUGUGAUGAAAGUCUGCUUGCCUCUUGUGAUGAACUUGGUAUGGUCAUCAUCUGGAAACGAGAGGGAAAGCAGGGAAUGCUUUAAUGUGACGGAAACAAGAGGGAAAUCAGGGAAUGCUAUAGUGUGAUGGAAACGAGAGGGAAAUCAGGGAAUGCUAUAGUGUGAUGGAGACGAGAGGGAAAUCAGGGAAUGAAUGGUUUAGUGUGAUGGAGACGAGAGGGAAAUCAGGGAAUGGUUUAAUGUGACGGAAAUGAGAGGGAAAUCAGGGAAUGGUUUAGUGUGACAGAAAGGAGAGGGAAAUCAGGGAAUGCUUUAAUGUGACGGAAACAAGAGGGAAAUCAGGGAAUGGUUUAAUGUGACGGAAAUGAGAGGGAAAUCAGGGAAUGCUAUAGUAUGAUGGAGACGAGAGAGAAAUCAGGGAAUGGUUUAGUGUGACAGAAACGAGAGGGAAAUCAGGGAAUGGUUUAGUGUGACAGAAACGAGAGGGAAAUCAGGGAAUGCUAUAGUGUGAUGGAAACGAGAGGGAAAUCAGGGAAUGCUAUAGUGUGAUGGAAACGAGAGGGAAAUCAGGGAAUGCUAUAGUGUGAUGGAAACGAGAGGGAAAUUAGGGAAUGCUAUAGUGUGAUGGAAACGAGAGGGAAAUCAGGGAAUGCUAUAGUGUGAUGGAAACGAGAGGGAAAUCAGGGAAUGAAUGGUUUAGUGUGAUGGAGACAAGAGGGAAAUCAGGGAAUGCUAUAGUGUGACAGAAACGAGAGGGAAAUCAGGGAAUGGUUAAGUGUGACAGAAACGAGAGGGAAAUCAGGGAAUGGUUUAGUGUGACAGAAACGAGAGGGAAAUCAGGGAAUGGUUUAGUGUGACAGAAACGAGAGGGAAAUCAGGGAAUGGUUUAGUGUGACAGAAACGAGAGGGAAAUCAGGGAAUGGUUAAGUGUGAUGGAGACAAGAGGGAAAUCAAAGAAUGCUUCAUUGUGAUGGAAUGAAUGACCUUGAGCAUGAUUUAAGUUUGAAAGAGCCCGGAGAUAUUAAUCUGGUCUCUGAUAUACUUGUUCUUAAUUAUGAUUAUGUAUGAAAGUGUAUGUAUGAAAGGAUCACUGGAUAGCAGAUGAGCUAUUCAGGCCCAUUUAUAAAAAAUGAAAAAGAAUGGUUCGUGUUACUUGGAGAUGGAAUAGCUAAUGAAGAGACAGAAGUUGGCAUAGGUUCGUCCAUUGGUAAAUGAGUGUGACAGUGUCUCAGUAUGUUCCAUAAUUGGAUGUGGCGAUUGUUGCAUAUGCCAAAUGUUCCAUUUACCAGUCCGCAUGUUGCUGUGUCAUCCAGGCGACUAUAGAUUUCAGGUUUGUAUUGUCAAUAUGUUUCUCCAGUGAGACAAAGUGUGACGUUUGUAAUAGUGACGUAAUAACAUAGAGUGGUGAUUGGCAUAUCUGGAGAUGACAUAAGAGUAUUGUGUCUAAGACAGAGCUGUAGUGGAACGGAGGAGUGAUAUGUUGGUGUAUGGUGAAUACCUUUGUUGGUGUAUUCUAUCAGAGGUGGUUCUAGUGGCCCUGUUCAUGUAUAUCUGUUGUCACGUGCAGUCCAAUUGGUAAAUGUGCAUAGGAAAAAUAAAUAAUAAUAUGACUGAUUUAUCCAGGAAGAAGUUUGGUAAUUUGUGCAUUUUCAAUUAUUUUGAUAUCUCUUACCUGGGGUUUAAAUAUUUUUGUGAUCUACAGAAACACUGGUGAUAGUGAUAUGACUAGUACCUGUCUAGACAAGUGUACCUGUCUAGAUUAGUACCUGUCUAGAUUAGUACCUGUCUAGACAAGUGUACCUGUCUAGAUUAGUACCUGUCUAGAUUAGUAAAUGUACCUGUCUAGAUUAGUACUUGUCUAGAUUAGUACCUGUCUAGACAAGUGUACCUGUCUAAUGGUGAAGUUGUUUUCCCUGUAUAAUAAGCACACUCCCAAAUAUUUCUGGCAUGCUGUCCUAUUAAGUAACCAAGUCUGUGAUGAGAAACUGAUUUUCCCUUGUGUCUCAAUGUGAUGAUUCUCUACAUUCCUGAAUAUGUCCAGCUCUGCAUUCCACUCAAAUUACCAAAGUAUUUUAUAGAUAUUAAUAGAUUGUGUUUAUAUACUGCUUCUAGAGGUCUUAAGAUAUGCUAGGAACAUCUCAGGCAAUCCAAUAUAUACUGUAUGCAUACCUAUUCAUUGCCUUUAAUUUAAUAGCUCUUUUUGUGUUUUUAAGACAAGAGAAAACUAUUGAUCUGAUAAAGACUUCUCUGACAGUUUUAGACUUACUGUGUUUAAAAUCCUAUUCACUAUUAAAGUGCUCAGAUUAUAGGGCUUCACUCAACUUUUACAUCUUUGGCUGUGUAUGUUUUCAUUAUGGAUAGAGGUUUAAUUUAAAAGACAUCAUUUGUGAAAUAGUUUUGUUCUCUUUAUUUUUUUAAUUGGAUCUAUGUGAUGUUAUUGAAUAAUUAUGACAAUACAGAUGUAAGCAGAUUGUCUUGUUAGCUCACCUGGUCCAAAGGACCAAGGUGAGAUUAGCCAUACAGUGGCGUCCGUCUGUCCAUCAGUCAACAAUUACCUUGUGAACAUGAUAACUGAAGUAAAUAUAUUUGGCUCACCUGGUCUGAAAAGGAAAUCUUUUUAAGAUGCUACUUGUCUUAAACAACUAAAUAGAUUUUGAUGAAAUUUAGUCUGGAGAAUUAUGUGGCAAUGUUGUAUGUUGCAUAAAUGAAGAAUGUGACAGCCUUGGGGCAGGAGAAGGGGGCCAAAUAACGGAAAUACAACAAGAAGAAAAAGAACUUUAAAAUCCUUUUAAAGUGGGCAGGAUUUAGUCCACCUGUAGUUUGAACCAUUAUUGGGAGAGGCAGUUAAAAAGUAGGAAAUGUUUCCAGGUGAGCGAUGCAGGCCCCCUGGGCCUCAUGUUUUUAGUUAUGGGUUUUGUGUAGAGUUGGUAAGUUGUUGUGAUACAUAGAUAUGUAUAUUAUAAUAAUAUGUGCAAUAUUAGUAUUCUUAUUUGGGGCCAUGUGUUGCGAUUUUUCUAUUUCAUGCAAAGCAUUGGAGUGUCUGUGCUACUACAAUUUUCUACUUAGUAAGUGAGCAUGCUCUGCAGAAAAAUGUAGCUACCUGUGUGGUAUAUAUGUGAUAAGUUGAAUAUGUCCAUUUGAUGGUUCAUUGUGUGUUGUUAUAUUGAAAAUCAUAUCAAUGACUUAGCUCAAUAUUAUAGAAAACAUUAUAUUUCUACAUGAGAAAAGUUGAGGAAAUAUCCAAAAAACAGUUUCCAAUAUAAUUCCUUUACUGAAGAUAAUCUUCUUAGACUCGCAAGUAUAUUUCUGGAAAUCAGAUCAGGAAUUGUUUCUUUUCUGCUUACCGACAACAUCAGAUGUUUGGUUGCUCAAGUAGUCUUUCAUCUGUGUUCCAUGAUCUGUAUGUCAUCUAUUUCUCUAAAGGUACUGGACAGAUCUUUCUACAAUUUCAUAUUUCAGUACCACUUCGUCCUUUGACAUAUGUGAUCCUUUUUAAGCCGUUAUUGAUGUUGAUGACAAAAUAGAGAUAUACAUUUUG